GGCGGCCCCACUAGAAGUCCCGGGACAGUCCCUGGCCCAGCCUUCUCCCCACACAGGCGCAGGCGAGGAAGGAGAAGCAGGCGAGAGGCAGACCGACCCACCGACCAAGGACCCGCCAUGCGACAUCUGGGGAUCCUGCUGUGUCUGGGACUUCUAGUUCUCCCCUGCAGGAGCCAGGACUCGGGCGCCAACCAGCAGGAGGGCAAUGCAGAGGAGGAGGAGGAAGACCCCUUCUUCCAGAGCCCCACAAACAAGCUGGCUGCCUCCGUGUCCAACUUCGGCUACGAGCUUUUCCGCCAGCAGUCCGGCCAGACCCCCACCGGCAACGUGCUGCUCUCGCCCUUCAGCCUGGCCACGGCCCUCUCCGGCCUCUCCUUGGGUGCCGGGGAGCGGACGGAGGGCGUCAUCCAGCGGGCCCUCUUCUACGACCUGCUGGACAAGACCCAGGUCCACGGUGUUUACAAAGGCCUCCUGGGUAGCCUCGCGGCUCCAGCCAAAGGCUUCAAGACGGCCUCACGACUCGUCAUGGAGAGAAGGCUGCGGAUGAAAGUGGGCUUCGUGAACGAGCUGGAUAAGUCCUACGGGUUCCGGCCGAGGGUCCUGAGCGGCAACGCCAGGGCCGACCUCCAAGAGAUCAACAACUGGGUGCAGCAGAGGACUGGGGGGAAGGUGACCAGGAUCCUGGCCGAGAUCCCAUCCGGAGUCAGCAUCCUCCUCCUCGGAGCAGCAUAUUUCAAAGGUCAGUGGGCCACCCGCUUUGACCCCAAGCUGACCAAGCUGCAGACCUUCCACCUGGACGAGGAGCGGACCGUGAGGCUGCCCAUGAUGUCGGCCCCGCAGGCCAUCCUAAAGUAUGGCUUUGACUCGGAGCUCAGCUGCAAGAUUGCGCAGCUGCCCUUGGCCGGCGGCCUGAGCGCCAUGUUCUUCCUGCCCCAAAGCGUGACCCAGAACCUGACCCUGAUCGAGGAGAGCCUCACCUCCGAGUUUGUUCACGAUGUGGACAAGCAGCUCAAGGCGGUCCAUGCGGUGCUGAGCCUCCCCCGGCUCAAGAUGGUGGCUGAGACCCCCCUCACCGGGACCCUGCAGGAAAUGCGGCUGCAGGGUCUCUUCUCGACGCCCGACUUGAGCAAGAUUGCCCCGAAGGCCCUAAAGGUGACCCACGUCCUGCACAAAGUGGCCCUGGACCUCGGGGAGGAGGGUGCCGGGGACGCCUUCCCUUCAGACGUGGAGGCCGCCCGCCUCGACUUCCCCAUCGAGUACCACCUGAACCAGCCCUUCCUCUUCGUCCUCCGGGACACCGACACGGGCACCCUGCUCUUCAUCGGGAAGGUCCUGGACCCCCGGAGCUCUUAAGAGCGGCCCCCCGCCCGCCCAGGGAAGGCGUGGGCGGCCAUCCCUAUCCUGCCGUGUUGUGUAGCCGUGCCACAAUAAACAUGCUUCUGCCUGGAAAGCGAGUGUUAAGAA